AUGGAGUCCGCCUCAGCCCCUGCGCACAGAGGGUGCGUCCUCCGGCAGGGGCUCCUGCUGGCCGCCUCACUCCUAACCCUCUGGAGCCUGCCCACCACUGCCCAGCUCACUAUUGAGUCAGUGCCGCCCAAUGCCGCCGAAGGGAAGGAUGUGCUUCUCCGUGUCCACAACCUGCCUGGGAAUCUAAUGGGCUAUAUGUGGUACAAAGGGGAAAAAGUGGACGGUGAUAUUCAAAUUGUAUCAUAUGCGAUAGACACUCAAACAACUAUUCUCGGCCCUGCAUACAGCCAUCGAGAGACAAUAUACCCCAAUGGAUCCCUGCUGUUCCAGAAAGUCACCCUGCAGGACACAGGAUACUACACCCUACAAGCCAUAGACAAAGAUUUUCGGAGCAAAAGAGUAACUGGACAGCUCCGUGUUUACCAGCCAGUGGGGAAGCCCGCCCUCCGAGCCAGCAAUGCCACAGCCACAGAGCAUAACGUCGCCGUGGUCCUGACCUGCCUCACAAAUGACAGGGGCAUCUCCAUCCGGUGGCUCUUCAAGAACCAGAUUCUACCUCACAAGCACAGGAUGAAGCUGUCCCAGGACAACAGCAUCCUCACCAUAGACCCCGUCAGGAGGGAGGAUGCUGGGGGUUUUCAGUGUGAGGUCUUCAACCCUAUCAGUUCCAGCAAAAGUGACCCUCUCGAGCUGGAUGUACAAUAUGAUCCAACACUACCAAGUCCUGGCCUCUCAGUUGGGGCUAUGGCCGGCAUCGUGGUUGGCGUCCUGGCUGGUGUAGCUCUGAUAGCAGCCCUGGUGUACUUCCUGUAUAUCAGAAAGACUGGAGGGGCAAGCGACCAGCGCGAUCUCACAGAGCACAAACCUUCAGCCUCCAACCACAGUCAGGGCCACUCUGACGACUCACCUAACAAGAUCCAUGAAGUUACAUAUUCUUUGCUGACCUUCAGUGGCCAAGAAUCAAAGAUACCAACGUCAGCCUCCCCAUCCCCACCAGCCACAGAACCAGUUUAUGCGGAAAUAAAAAAGUAAUGCAACCAGCCCAGCUCACCACACUGCUGCCUGAUUCCAAGUCUCAUCCCAUCACUAGGAGACCCCGUUGCCCUCAGGGAAAAGGAGAGGAUGCGACCACACCCUGGAAGAGCACACCUGGAAAGCCACCUCCAGCCCGCCCCUUCCCCCCGCCUCACUCUGUCAUGAGGCAGCUCCAGGCUCCUGGUCACAGCCCCUCCUUUUGGUGUCAACAGGUGAAAAGAUUCUGUAGGAAGCCCAACCUUCCUUUGCAUUGAAAUUUGGCUCAUUAAAUUAGUACUAGAAUCAACAAAGUCUAGAGAUGAUUCCUUAAAAAGUAAACUUCUGGCCCUGACCGGUUUGGCUCAGUGGAUAGAGUGUCAGCCUGCAGACUGACUG